CACACAAAAUGUAUAUGUAAUUUUUGUCCAAUAUGAUUUGCUAGGAAGCAAGUUAAAGAGCUUUAUGGAUCCAUUUUGUCAGCACAAGAGAGAAAAUUGAAAUUGAAGAAGAAGAAGAAGAUGAUGAUAAUAGAAUGUUGUGUCUCUGGAAAUGCAAUACGUGUCAGUUCCACUCCCUCUAACACAAAAUAUCCAUGUAACAUUAACAACAUGUUUGCAAGAAUUACAAGAAGACCAUUAUCUCUGUCUAUAAUCUCCACCACUUUCUCUGCUUUAAUCUUCUCACUUCCUCCUCCACCUUCCUUUUCUUCUUCCAAAUUUCCAAUAGCAGACUUCUAUGAAAUCCCCAAUUCCGGUGGUGUUACUGUUAAGGCUUUGGAUCUCCUUCUUGGUUCUGGUGCUGUUCCCUCAGAUGGGGACCAGGUUGAGAUUCAUUACUAUGGUAGGCUGGCAGCAAAACAAGGAUGGCGUUUUGAUUCAACCUAUGACCACAAAGAUGAGAAUGGUGAUCCUACUCCUUUUGUCUUUGUCCUUGGCUCUGGUAAGGUAAUUGGUGGAGUUGAUGUGGCAGUGAGAUCAAUGAAAGUAGGUGGUAUUCGUAGAGUCAUCAUACCUCCAUCACUUGGCUAUCAAAACACAUCACAGGAACCUCUUCCACCUAAUUUCUUUGACAGGCAGAGGCUAUUCACUACCAUUUUUAAUCCAACUCGCCUUGCAAAUGGUGAAGGCUCCACUUUAGGGACACUUAUAUUUGAUAUUGAACUGGUUGGCCUGAGGCAUUAGUGAGGUAAACGUGUAUGUAUGAUCUUGCCAUCUUGUAUAGAAAACAAACAAACAAUGUAAGAAAGUAUUUGUGAAUUGAAGGGUAGUAUUAAUGAAUCCCCAUUCAUGAUCUUGAUUGAGUAUAUAUCUAAUGCUAAUAUCAUUUUUUAUUUUUUA